AUUGAUGCAGAGUUUUUUCGCAUCACAAACAAGAUGUUGUUGACAACAUUCAGAGCUGCAGUGGACAAAUAUACUCCCAAACUACUUCGUCUGUACCGUGCCCGAAAAGCAGCCUUUGGAAAGGCUAUGGAUGAUGUCAUGGCGAAGCUUGAUGAUGAGACUUCUGACAUCCUCAGGCACCGUAAAGAAGCUGCUCUUCGAGGACUUCCUUUAUUUCUCCGUGAGGAACCCAAGGAUCUUUUCAGAGAAUGCCUUGAGACUGAUGCAGAUGGUGUGGCUCUCCAGGGCAUGGCUGUUGGGAUUCUUUAUGUCUGUGAAGACUGUGGUCUGGGGACUUCUCCACAACUGCAAAACAUUGCCAUCAUCCUCGAAGAGACAGUUGUUUUACAAGAUAUCCCAGAUACCCCAACUGCUCUGGCAUACCUUUUUGGCCUCCUUUAUGCCCUGAAUAUUUCCUACCCGAAGGCUCUGAGGUAUACUUUCGAUACCUUGCAAAAUGUCUUCCUGGAAAUUGGUCCGAAAUGCACACAGCGUGUGCAAUCUCUGAAAAACAAACUUGCACUGUAA